UAAAAUUACGCAAGCAAUGUUGGAUCUUGAGAAGACUCCAAGAGAAGAACCUUUGAAAAUCCAAGAGGCUCAAUGAAACAAGUUUAUAUCAAAGAAUGAACAUGCUUCAGCAACUAGAUAUCAAAUCAAUGUGGCAGAUAAGAAGCUAAAGAACAUGACUAUAGCAAUAAUAGCCAUUGGAGCAAUCAUUUUUUUGAAGGGACUGUUUCAGAUAUUUUCACCUGGAAUAGAACUGAUCAAAUCUAUUUCAGGCACUGAAGAAGGAAACAGCAGCAUACUAUAUUUGUUCACAUAUGUUCAAUAUUGCGUCCUCCAUUUAGUUCUCGGAGCGAUACUCUUUGGCAAACUCAAUCGCCCAACAAGAGAGUACUCAAAAAGAUUAUUCAUAUUUACAGCUACCGUAGUAAUAGUGAUAGUUUUCCUUCAAUCAAUCCUAGUUAUCUUCGAUGACAUUGAUUUCAUCGGAAAGAUCGUACUUAGUACUAUCUACUUCACUUUUGCCCCAAUCCUACUCCUAAUUGUGCAUACUUACUGGAAAGUUUGCCAAGAGCACAACAUUUUGUGCAUAUACUCAAAAGUCCAAGACCUCAAGGGCCAAAGUAGCUUGUUACACGGACAAGAAUUAGUCUAA